GCUGUACGAUCGUGUUUGAAUAAAGUUAUUUAUUUACCGAAAUUACAUGGGGUAAACACGAUUCACUGGUGAACAUUACAUUGUUGUUCCAGACAAUUAUUGUGGUGCUUAUAUAUCAAUCGGAAACGGAACUGCACUACGAUGAGAAAAACUAUUCUUUUAAUAUUUUUGGCCAUUUUCGAGGUUAUUUCAGCUCAACAAAAUGUAGAUAAACCGAAUAUAGUGAUAAUAAUGGCAGAUGACAUGGGUUUUGAUGAUGUCAGUUUCCGUGGCUCAAACCAGUUUCUAACACCAAAUAUAGAUGCUUUGGCUUACAGUGGUGUCAUUUUAAAAAAUUUAUAUACACCGCCUAUGUGCACACCAUCCAGAUCAGCUUUACUUACGGGAAAGUACCCCAUCAAUACAGGCAUGCAGCAUUACGUUAUACCAAAUGAUCAGCCGUGGAGUUUGCCAGUCAAUGAAACAACAAUGGCACAAAUAUUCCAACAAAAUGGCUAUUAUACUAGCAUUAUCGGUAAAUGGCAUUUGGGUUUCUCACGUAAAGCUUACACGCCUACUCUUAGAGGUUUUGAUUAUCAUUUUGGCUAUUUGGGCGCUUAUAUCGAUUACUUUGAUCACACUUUAUAUAAUCCAAACAAAAAUUUCUCAAGAGGACACGAUUUUCGAGAAAAUUUGGAUAUUUCGAAGAAAUACACCGGCACUUAUAUCACAGAUCUUUUAACAGCAAAAGCUGUAAAAAUUAUCGAUGAUCACAAUAUCAAUGAGAAGCCGUUGUUCUUGCUUUUGAAUCAUUUAGCGCCACAUGCCGCAAAUGACGAUAAACCUUUACAAGCACCUCCAGACGAAAUUGAAAAAUUUUCAUAUAUUAAGGAUCCCGAAAGAAGAACGUAUGCAGCUAUGAUGUCCAAAUUAGACACAAGUGUAGCACAUAUAAUAGAAGCUUUGUCCAAAAAAUCAAUUUUAAACAACACAAUUAUUUUGUUUUAUUCCGAUAAUGGUGGUCCAACUGUGGGCAUGCAUGCUACAACAGCUUCAAACUAUCCAUUAAGAGGACAAAAAAAUUCGCCAUGGGAAGGUGCUUUACGUUCAUCAGCUGCCAUUUGGUCACCAAAAUUUGAAAAAUUAGGCACAGUUUGGAAGCAGCGUAUCUACGUAGCUGAUUUACUGCCGACAUUAGCUGCAGCUGCUGGUAUAUACAUCAAUGAAAGUAUAAAAUUAGAUGGUGUCAACCUGUGGUCUGCACUCAAAUAUGGCUAUGAAGCAGUUGAACGGGAGAUCGUACAUAACAUAGACGAUAUUGACAAUUAUGUUUCUUAUUUUAAAGGUAAAUGGAAAUUUAUUAAUGGUACUACUGAAGAAGGAAUUUACGAUUCUUGGUUGGGUACGCGACCAAACCAUGACGAUGAAAUUGACAAUCGAUCUAAGGAUUAUGAGAAUCUCAUACGAAAUACAACAGUGUGGCAUAAUUUGUAUGAAUUUAAUACUAACAAUGGUAAAGCGAGUAAUAUCACUGAAUUACGACUUGAUGCAGAGGUCAAAUGUCAGAAUACUUCUGCCAUUGAAGUGAUUACAUGCAACCCACUUAUUUCGCCUUGUUUAUUUGAUAUAGAUGAGGAUCCCUGCGAACAAAAUAAUUUAUAUGAACAAUUUAAAAAUUCCAAAAUUGUUUUGGAAUUGCUAGAACGUAUUUCAUAUUUCCGUGAACAUGCACAUGAACCUAACAAUAAACCCGCCGAUCCGCUAUGUGAUCCGAAGUAUUAUGAAUAUGAAUGGACUUGGUGGCAAGAUGUUCAGGAAGGCAAUAGCGCAGUGCGUUCUACAAGUAUUUCGUACAUUAUUUUUAUUAUACUACUAGUAAACUAUUUCUCAAUUAAGUUUCUGAUUUAGUCUUGUAUUAUAAUUAUUAAUAUAAUUUUUACAACUGUAUUUAUUAUAGAAUUUAAGGGUAU